UGGGAGGGAGGUGGUGGACAGGGAGCAGUUCUGUUGGCGCGGAUCCUUCGCGCGCCGCGCCGCUGCUGGCGUGCCGCCCGCCCGCGUGCGGGAGGGCGCCACCGGGUUUAUAUCUUGGCAUCGCGCGGGCGUGUGCACCGUUGCCUCGGCAAGAGACCAAGCGAUGCACUGGGCAUGGACGUCCGAGCGAUGGCAGGCUGCAGCCGGGAUGGGCCCCGACGCCUGGGUAUCUCCCGCAGUACUUUUUGUUGCAACGCCGUUCUUCCCUCCCUCCUCCUCCUCGCCUCAGAGGGGGGGCCUCGCCUUCUUCUCCUCCCUCUCGCCGCCUCGAUCCACUUCCUGUGGCCUUCUCCUCCUGCUCCCCUCCGCCGGGGGACGGACCGGAGGGGCGCUCGAGACGAUUGCUUAGACGGCUGAGCACAGAAUUGUGCUCAGGUGGCUGGUUUUGGAAAUUUUACUCUGGUGCGCCCGUCGCCCACACAUCAUUCUUCUGCGGCGCCCCGCCAGCCGUCCGUCGGACCCCGUCGCAUGAGCUGGAGGCGCUCGCGGGCACGGUCUUUUGCGCGCCGCUUGCGGCUGUCUGGCGGCGCGCGCUUUCGGGGGCAAAUCAUGGGAGCCUGGUAUACCCUCUGGUUUGGGUUUCCUGUCGAAGGUGCUUCUUGUGGUCGGUCCUCCGCUGUACUGCGGAGGCUCCCGUGAGCUGCCACCGAGGGCGUGCUGCGGAGGGCGUGCGUCAGAUGACGGCGCGCCCGCGCCGCCCACGCGAGGCAGAGGGGCUUACAGUCAGGGGACCUCGAGCGGGGCACCGCGUCGAGGCCAGGAAGAACGGCAGGCGCAUUGUUCACAGAGGGGGGGGGAACCGGGGGAGCGCAAGCCGAAGAAGG